UGUUUAGCCAGAUUCAUUUUUAUUUCGUAAGUCAACGAGCAGUAAAUAAAUAAAAAAUUGAAAAAUUCAAGUGGUUGCACAAUGUCAAACCUUCAAGAUGUACCGCUUGCCGCGCCCGAAACUAUGCCAACAGCCGAACACGACACAGCCGGAACGAAGUCCAAUUCGCUGAAGCGCUUCUUUAAGCUUGGCAGGAAAUCCAUCACACCAAGUGAUUUCAGCGAGGAUCAAAUCGACUUGGAAGAUGAGGCCAAGGACCCUGGCAAACCAGGCAGCAUAAGUCGUUUUCUCACCCGACUUAAGGGCACUACGAAAAGCACUGUGCAGUUCACAGAGCCUGACGAACCCGCUUCCAGCACUGUCAGCCCGGCCGUGGAGGAGGCUACCGACAAGCCGGUGCCAAACGCAAAGCCCACAAUUAAGACAUCCAUAUCUGGCUAUUGGAAACAGCUUUUUCACCGCCAGAAGGCGGCCAACCGGCAGGAAGAGAAACCGGCAAUAGAAAUGGAAAAUGUGCCAGAAUCACCUCAGAUAUCGCAGGAGCAGCAGUCUGAUCCAGUCCAAGCCGAAGAGGAGCCCACAAUACCGGCGGCAGAACCGUUGCCCGAGACUACAGAUAUUACUGAGCCAGAAAAGACAUCGGAUAUUCAUCUAAACUGCAUUCCGGAGAUACUCGAGGAAGUGCAAAUGCUCGCUAUUUCCGAUGUUGUUUUGAAUGCCUCAAACGAGGAGACCGAAUCAUAGGUUAUAGCUGUAACCUAUUUAAAUUUACUGUUAUCCAGUUUGUAAGAGCCUGCCAGCCUUCUGCCACCCACUCACCAUACAUUUUGAGGAAUCGAAGCAUACAUACAUAGACACACACGCAUACACCCACACACACACACACGCACAUACACAUUAAGUACAUUAGUUCUUCUGCAGUUCAGCUUUAACUUGAAACCCAAAUGCUGAAUAAAGCAUAUUAAGAAAAAUCCCAA